AUGGGCGUGCUGGCGAAGCUGCUGUACAUCCUCGUGGAGGACGACGACGAGGAGCAGGAGGAGGAGCGCGCAGGGCGGAGUCAACCCGCAGCAGCCGAUGAUGGCAGAGGGAAGGCCGCUCGUCCUCUUCGUCCUCCCCCGCCGCGUGCGCCGGUGCGCUACACCAAGUCGGUGCUGUCCAGCACGCUGCAGCUCAUGGGGUGCAAGUCGCGCCACGCCGUCAAGAUCAGCGAGCGCGUCUUCCAGAUGCUGCUGCAGCAAGUCACCAGCCGUCGAGUUUCCGGCCAUCGGACGGACGUGGCGCACCGAUCACGGAUGGCAAACGGAUCCGACGGCAUUCAGCGAUUGGCCAGGCCAAACCGAGAAGAACCCGGCGCCGUUCUGGCCACCGGCGCCAGCCAUGAUAAUCACAGUUGCCGUGACAAUAACGGCCGUGACAAUAACGAGCGGACAGAAAGCAGGGCAGCAGCAGCAGAGGGGGGAUCAAGUGCGGGUGGCGACACAGUGAGGGGCGUGAGCGUGUCUUUGAAGCGCAGCACGUUUCUGGACGUGGUGUGCCAGGCGCUGGCGGAGUACCGCUACCUCAGCGCCGACCAGCGCUCCGACCUCAACCUCGCCUGCAACGGCUGUGGCAAGUCCACUCUCGCCUCCCUCCUGGUACGCUGCACACCUGCCUUCCCUGCCCUGCCUUCUCCGUCAAUCCUCCCCUCCUUCCUCCUCCCUCUUUCCCCCCUCUUUCCUUCCGUCUAUGCCUCCCCGUUCUCCCUCGUUCUUCCUUCCUGCGUGCCUGCCAUCCCUCCCUCCUCGCCUAUGCCUCUCGGGUCCACCAGCUCCCUCACAGCACCAGGCGCGGCUGUAGCAGCGGGGAAGACACCCCCCUCACAUGCUCCCCCCUCCCCCCUGGUGAAGGCGUCACGGCUGGGCAUCACAACAGUCGUCUCCACGGACUCGCUGCGCCACAUGAUGCGUGGCUUCAGAUGCCGCGAGGAGACCAAGCGCACGCUCUGCCAUUCUACCUUCUUGCAAACCGUCCUGCACUCCCCCCAUACCCCUCUCCCCCCCCCCCUGGUGCAGGCGUCCCGGCUGGGCAUCACGACAGUGGUGUCGACAGACUCGCUGCGCCACAUGAUGCGCGGCUUCAGCAGCCGCGAGGCCAACCCGCUGCUCUACUCGUCCACGUACCAGGCGGGCGAACACCUCGACCCCGCCGCUGUUGCCGACGCCAAGGCCAGGAAGAAGGCGGGCAAGCUGGCCGGGCAGCACGGCGGCGCACAGGCCGCAGCACAGCCAACUGCGCAAGGAGGGUGGCAGAGGGGGCAGCUCAGAGAGAUUGGCGAGGAGAGAGGCCCGCAGACGGACACACGGAGAAUCUGGAAAGGAGGCGUGCAGAGGGGACAGGUGGCAGCGGAGGUUGGGGGGCAGGUGGGGCUGAGAGAGGUGCAGGGUGGCGUGGGUGAGGGCGGUGGUGAGAGGGGAGGCGAGGCAGGAUUGGGUUCACACGAGGGGGGUCGGCUGGGGGGAGGGCAAAUAGGCGGGGAAGGGAACCACGGGGGAGGAGCUGCAAUGACAGGGGGAGGUGGGGGUGGGAGGGAGGAAAGGGAAAUGGGAGAGGUGGUUUGGGAGGGGCGGACAAGCCUGACAGGGUUGGGUAGUGACAGGGAGACGAGUGGGGAAGGAGUCGGCGACGGGAAAGAGAGAGCCCUGGGGAGUGGGAGGGAUGCGGUGAAUGGGGGGGGAGCAGAGAGUGGGAGGGAGGGUGUGAGUGAGAGAGAGGGGGUGAGUGAGAGGGAGAUGGUGAUUCAGGGGUACAAGGCGCAGAGUGAGAUGGUGAUAGGCAGUGUGGAGCAGCUGCUGUGCAAGUGGGAGCGCUGCCAUGAGUCCGCCAUCGUGGAGGGCGUUCACCUCAGCCUCAACUUCGUGAUGGAGCUGUUGAAGCGGCAUCCCAGCAUCAUCCCGUUUGUGAUUUACAUUGGCAACGAGGCGAAGCACAUGGAGCGCUUUGCGGUGCGCGCCAAGUACAUGACGCUGGACCCGCGGCGCAACAAGUACGUGCGCUACAUGCGCAACAUCCGCGCCAUCCAGGACUACCUCGUGCGCCGCGCCGACAAGCAUCUUAUCCCCAAGGUGAACAACACGAACAUGGACAAGAGUGUGGCGGCCAUCCACGCAACAGUCUUCGCCUGCCUGCGGCACCGCGCAGCGGGGGAGAGCAUGUACAGCCGCGCCUCCAACACGCUGCCACUGCUGCGCCACGAGUACGACACUCAGUACACCGCAUCUGGGCUCGGCUCCAAAGGCAUGCUCUACGUCAUCCAGAGGGAGGGCAGCCUCAGGGAGGGCAGCCUCAGGGAGGGCAGUGUGCGCUCCUCUGCCUCUGAAAUCCCGGAUCUGCUCUCUGGUCUGCCCACGCGCGCCUUCAGCCUCCCCACGUACGCCUUUGGUGCUGACAGCAGCGAGUCGGGUGCUGCAGGGGAGCCGUACCCGCGUGCUGCUGCCCACAGUCGCCUCUCACCCCUCGCACCUGAUCUCCCACCUGAUGGUUUCCCACCUGCUGCAGGGGCGUGUCAAAGCCACGGCCCGUCGUCGCUGUCAGCAGUGCCUUCCCUGCCACGACACGCAUUGCGAGUGUCAGAGGGCAGCACAGGCAGUACCUUAUUGUGGGGACCGUCAGUGCAAGCAGGCGCAGCUCAGGCGUGCAUGUAUCCAGAGGAGCUGUCAGACGGGUAUGCGCCGGGCUACAGCUCAGGGGUGCCUCCCAGGGGGCCCAGAGACCGCUUUCCUUCCGCAGCAGCAUUGCUUCCAGCUGGAUCGCAGGGGCUUCCCUGGCAGGCAGGGUACAGGCAGUUGCCACCUCCCCCAGCUGUCGCCAUCCCCCUGCUGAACCUCUCGGAAACCCCAUCGGCCACAGAAUGCUCGCUGGAGUCCCCCAGUGCGCUGCUGAGCUCGGGGGUGAGUGCGUGCUCCACGCCCAGGGUAGGUGCUCCUGGUGCAGGCGCACCUGGUGGCGGUGGUGGCACUGUAGGGGCAUCUGGUGGGGGCGGUGGCAGCCUGCUGGCGCCCAUCCACGUGCGCUUCAGCGGCCGCACGGCCUUCCCUCGCAGCGCUGACGUGGGCAGCAGCAGCGGCGGAGAGGGUCUGGCGGAGCGGGAGAGGGAGAGGAGGGCGAGAGGAGGAGGAGCGGCAGCAGCAGCGGGAGGAGCGGUGGGAGAGGCUGGGGGGUGGAUGGGAGGGAUGGGGAUGGGGCGGCUGGAAAAGGCGAUGGACGGGGUGAGGAUGAGCGGGGGAGGGCACAUGCCGAGCUUCUACGGCUCGCCUGCCACCCGCACACAUGCGCUGCAGAAGAAGGAAGAGGUGCGCCCGCUGUGCCUUGUGGGGCUGCCCUUGUAUCUGUUCUUCAUUCUGUGUGCUGCCAUGCGAUCUGUAUCAGAGCACGUGGCGGCGUCGGACAGCGAUGACGACGAGGAGCACAUGCGGGAUGCUGCUGACGUCAGCUCCAAUGCUGCCUUCUCCUCGGAAGGCUCCGAGCACGAUGAGGAGCAGGAGGGGUCGGUGGCGAGUGACGAGUCGUUCAGCCUAUCAGAGGGUGGCACGGACGACGAGGGCAUGGAGGAGGGCGACAGCGCACAGCCGCUCCCCCACCACCUCUCGCUCUCCGCUGCUGCUGUGCCUCCGGGCGGCGAGCUGAAUGUGUUCCUUGAUGCCGCUAGCCUGCCCCACGUGCUGCCCACUGCCUCCUACUAUGGCACUCAAGGCAACUACAGCAGCAACGCCAGUCAUGCCAGCCACGGCAAUGACAGCACAGCACCCUGUCACGACUCCAGUGCUGCUGCGGGCAGUGACCCCAUGGGGCUCCGUGCUCCCGGGGCUUGGGGGCACCAGUACACCACCCUGCACGAGGGGGCUGCUGGAUAUGCACGCCGGACAGCAGCAGCUGGUGGUGGUCCGGUAGGCAGGUCGCAUUCUCUGCAGCACACAUCCAGCCGUCCUCAACCCCCACUCCACAUGCACCGCGUGCCCUCGGCACCUGGUGCUGCUUCAGGUGCUGCUUCCCGUGCCGGCCUGCCUCCCUGGCCCACAGGCCACUCCGCAUCUCCUGCCCACUCCCAGCGCCGUGGGGCGGAUCCCUUGCCACCUGCUCUGCGUGCCUUUCCACCCACGCCAGGCGCUGACUCGGCUGCCGGGAUCGCUGCCGCUGCCGCAUCAGCUGCAGCCACGGCAGCUGCAGGGGCCUCCAGGCUGCAGGGGGGGCGCGAGUGGGGCGCAGGCAGGCGAGCAGGUGCAGGGGCGGGCGUGGUGCUGGGGAGGUCCAAGUCCAUGGGUGGGAUGAGGGAGAGAGACGCCGCGGUGAGGGAGGUGGGGGAGAGGGAGGCCGGGCGCAUGCGUGUGAGGCCGUCGCGGCCCGGGGCUGCAAGGCGGUUCUCAGACACGGGUGCAGGGAGCAGAAGGGGAUGGGCGGCGCUGGAGACGACUCUCGAGGGUGGUGGGGGCGUGCAGGGCGGUGCGCUAGUGCUUCAACAGAGGGAGAGCAUGCAGCCAGGUGGGAUUGCAGUGCAGCACGAGAGACACAUGGCACAACAGCAGCAGCAGCAGCAGCAACAGCAGCCACAAACUGGCGGGGAAUAG